AUGUUCUCUUUUGUGUUUUGGGGAACAAACAGCAGCUUGGAGUCACCCCUGAUGUACCAGGUUCCGGAAACGCAGCAGGGCAGCGCCAGCGCCAGCUCGGGAAGUAGCCUGGGCGGCUCCAUCACUGCGUGUAAGAAGGUUCUCCGCAGUAAUAGCCUGCUGGAGUCUACAGACUACUGGCUGCAGAAUCAGAGAACACCCUGCCAGAUUGGUUUUGUGGAAGACAAGUCUGAAAACUGCGCUUCUGUCUGCUUUGUGAACCUGGAUGUGAACAAGGAUGCAUGCAGCACGGAGCGCCUGCAGCAGAAGUUGGUCAGUGUUUCACCAGAUCUUCCAAAACUUAUAAGCUCCAUGAAUGUCCAACAGCCAAAAGAAAAUGAAAUUGUCCUCCUAAGUGGGUUAACAUCUGGAAACCUACAAGCAGAUUUUGAAGUUUCACAGUGUCCUUGGAUGUCAGAUGUCUGCUUGGUCCAGUGUGCAAGAGGGAACAGACCAAACAGUACCAACUGCAUCAUCUUUGAAAUCAACAAAUUUUUGAUUGGUCUGGAACUGGUACAGGAGCGGCAGCUCCACCUUGAGACAAACAUCUUGAAAGUGGAGGAUGACACGAACUGUUCCUUGUCUUCAAUUGAAGAAGACUUUCUCACUGCAUCCGAGCACUUGGAGGAGGAAAGUGAAGUGGAAGAGUAUAGGAACGGUUAUGAAAAUAUAAAUGUCUCAACCAGUAUCUUGGAAAAUAAAAAGCAAAAGGAAACCACUAAGGAGGAAUGGAAUUACAGCAAGGAAAAAUUACUUUAUACAUUGGAAGACAAGUAUGUUAGCAAAUAUCAUACACCACUGGUUAAAACAGAAGGAUUGCUGGGAAGAGUGGCAGAAUACACAAGUCUGCAGAGUCUAGAUCCUUCCGCCGAGAUAUCAAAGUGGAAAGGUGAAGCUGUGGGGAAUGAGCAGUCAACCACAAAGGAUUAUCAUUCAGAAAAGUGUAAAAGUCAAGAGGAAAAACCACAGGCACUAUGUAUUCCAGGCAAUGCUUAUUUCUCAAGGAUGGUUAAGAGGGACGGACCUUCUGCAUCUGGGACUUUCUCUGAGCAUGACAGCAGUUUAGACCCAGGAGACCGUGAAGGCCACACAAGCUCUCUUCUUCCCUUACAGGAUGGAGAAGCCACCACAGGCGAGUAUGCCACGAAUUUAGCGGAAUCAGUGCUGCAAGCUGCAUUUAUUCGACUCUCUAAGUCUCAGCCUGCCCUCCCCCAGGAAUCUGCAGUCAGUGUGUCUGUAGGAAGUCCUCUGCUCCCCAGUAGCUCUUCCACAGAAGAUAUCGUGGUACCUCAGUCAUGGAACGAGCUCCCCAAAAUCGUCAUUGUCCAGAGUCCAGAAGGCAGUGAUGCUGGCCCUGAGCCAGGCAUCCCCUCGUGGCCCGAGACAGAAGUCUCCAGUGAAACUUCAGGCGUCCCUUCUGGAGAGAACUCCAGCAGACACCCCCAGAGUGCUCUAGAAGUAGCAUUAGCUUGUGCAGCCACUGUUAUUGGAACCAUUUCCAGUCCCCAAGCCACAGAAAGAUUCAAAAUGGAGCAAGAAUCCCUGGUUUCACACCAUCCACCGGGAGGUGAUGAGCCAGUGCACACUCAGGCCUCUCAAGUACUCAAGGAUCCCUCCCUCAGUGAAUACUCAUUUCCGUCUGCUUUGUGCGGCAUGACUCAGGUGGCCAGUGCUGUUGCUGUCUGUGGCCUGGGGGAAACGGGAGAGGUGAAGUGCCCAGUGGCUUCCGGUGGCUUCCUGUCUGCAGUGGAGGCCCCUGCAGCCAUCCCCUCACUUUGUGGUUUGGUGACAGAGAAGAGCAUGGAGCUGGGGAAUGAAGCCAUGGCAGAGGCCUUGCUCAAGGAGGUUGCCUUGGUCUUAACAAGACCUAAUGCCUACAGCAGCAUCGGAGACCUCAUGGAGUCAGUGAAUAGGAGGAUCGUAGAAGCUGUUUCAAAGCCUCAGACCUUGUGCUCAGAAAAUGCCCUUGGGAAUGAACUGGCACAGACCCUGUCUAAUGUUAUCCUGAAGCAUUCCAUUGAUGAAAUUCACCAGAAAAAUAAAAUAAUAGAGCCCAAUGAUGACAGGGACUCAUCUGAAACCUUGGAAUCCUUAAUGGAAAGUGUAAAUCAGCUGCUCUUCAAUGUGAUACGCUUCACAUUCAAGAAGAUAAGCCACCUUGCACAGCUUGGGGGAUGUCCCCCUGUCCUUUCUAAAGAGACCAUCAAAUGGAGGGAAACCGAACCAGACUUCCAGCCAACUGAUCAAGCCAUUUGUCCAGCAUGGACAAAAGCCGCUGAAUACUCCAGUUGCCAUCCACUUAGCAACCUGCAUAUCAGCAGUCCUGUUAUCAAUGAUCUCAUAGAUGCUGGACAUCUGAAGGAAGAUAGCAAGGGUUCAGCACAGUUAGGUCUUUCCCAGAUCCCCACACAGCAAUCUGAAUUAUCCUGCAGUACCACCAUGUCUGCUAAAACACCCCCAGAGGAAAUAUAUCUGAAAGGAUCGGUGGUGGAGGAUAUGAAAAACCCUCCUCCACCACUCAGUGAUAAUGAGAAUGAAUGCAGAGCCCCUCCAGAGGAAGAAAUGACACCAACAGUUGGCAAGUACAGCACCAGUUCUCAGGACACCGAGGACAGCAUCAUUGCAAAUGCUCAAGAAAAGCACAACGGCGCCUUGCCUCUAAACAAUGAAGUUCAAGUUUGCCCGUCUUUGUUGGGGGAUGAUUUGCUGCUUCCUGCUCAAUCCACGCUACCAGAAAAAGACCCAGACAUAUACUGCAUUGCAGACUUCGCAGAAGAAUUAGCAGAGACGAUCGUCUCCAUGGCAACGGAAAUCGCAGCGAUUUGCCUUGACAACUCCAAUGGAAAACAACCCUGGUUCUGUGCAUGGAAAAGAGGGAAUGAGUUUCUGGUUACCCCCAACAUCUCCUGCCGAUCCUUGAAGAGGAAGAAAGAGAGCCAGGCCAGCGGGGCCACUGUGAGGAAACACAAGCCCCCGCGACUCGGCGAGAUCAAGAGGAAAACCGAUGAGCACCCGGAACUGAAAGAGAAGCUGAUGAAUAGGGUGGUGGACGAGUCCAUGAACCUCGAGGACAUCCCAGACUCUGUCAGUAUUUUUGCAAACGAAGUGGCAGCCAAGAUCAUGAACCUCACAGAGUUCUCUUUGGUGGACGGUGUCUGGCAAGCCCAGGGCUACCCCCGGAGUCGGUUACUGGGUGGGGACAGGUGGAACCGCCUGAAGGCCUCCAGCUGCGAGAGCAUUCCAGAGGAGGACUCUAACACCCGGGCCUAUGUGAACAGCCUGGGUUUAAUGAGUACCCUGAGUCAGCCAGUUAGCCGGGCCAGCUCCGUCUCCAAGCAGUCGAGCUGCGAGAGCAUCACCGAUGAGUUUUCCAGGUUCAUGGUGAACCAGAUGGAAAAUGAAGGAAGAGGCUUCGAGUUACUGCUGGAUUACUACGCAGGCAAGAAUGCCAGCAGCAUCCUGAACUCAGCUGUGCAACAGGCCUGCCGGAAAAAUGACCACCUGAGUGUGAAGCCAAGCUGUCCCUCGAAGCAGUCCAGCACCGAGAGCAUCACCGAGGAGUUCUACAGGUACAUGCUGAGGGACAUUGAACGAGAGGGCAAAGACGGCCCCUCCUCCAGGCGAGGCAGCCAGGACUGGACCACUGACUUGCUCUCGCCUUCUCUGCGGUCCCCCUUGUACUACAGACAGUCGUCUGUGCCCGACGGCAGAUUCCCGGGCGCCAGGCUCACGGUGAACGUGCCCAUCAAAGCCAACUCCAUAGACGGCUUUUCUCAACACAGCCAGCAAGACUUCCUCAGCGUCCAGCCAGUUGGCGGCGCUUCCUCCUCGGGUCUCUGCAAAUCUGACUCUUGCCUGUAUCGCAGAGGCGGGGCUGACCACAUCACAAACAUGUUAAUUCACGAGACGUGGGCAAACUCAAUCGAGGCUCUCAUGCGGAAGAACAAAAUUAUAGUGGACGAUGCCGGCGCGGCUGACGCUGAACCCGCUUCAGGGGGCCCCUCCUUGCAAGUGGAAAAGUGUGCAGGCAGGUUAGAUUCGGGCAGGGUGCAAAGUGGGCCAGCUCUGCUUGCGCAGGAGUCCGUGGAUUAUCCGAGGAAAAACUCAAUCACAGAAAGCAGCCAUCUCCCAGGGUCGUCCCCAAACAAAGCUGCUCCUCUUACAAGUCACAGCAGUUUAGAUUUUAAAAAGGAAGCUCCCUCAUGCCACCAUGCGGUCCCUCUAAGCCACACCCGGCGAUCACUUUGCUCAAGGGAAGUCCCUUUAAUCCAGAUCGAAACAGAUCAGAGAGAAGAAUGUGUGGGAGAACCUGAACACGUUAUUUCCGAAUGCAGCCCGCUAGAGGAAAAAGAAAGGUGUUUGGAAGAAGAAAAGGUCCCAGAGGCAGGGAAGGGUGAAGACGCUGCCCUGAGUGCCUGCCAGAACCCCAGCGAAACCCUUGAUGUCAGAGAUGUCCUGGAGGCUGAAGUCUCAAAAGAAGGCAGAGCCCUGGAUGAGUUCUCCAGUCCUCCCGGCAGCAGUGGGGAGAGCAUGGACAGUUGGUCCCAGCUCGCCAAUGAGGAGGACAACCCAGACGACACAAGCAGCUUCCUGCAGCUCAGUGAGCGAUCCAUGAGCAAUGGCAACAGUAGUGCCACUAGCAGUCUUGGCAUUAUGGACCUGGACAUUUAUCAGGAAAGCAUGCCAUCUUCUCCCAUGAUUAAUGAAUUGGUAGAAGAAAAGGAGAUUCUUACAGGACAGGCAGAAACCAUGGAGGAACAUGCCUCUGGAAUGCCAGUGGGAACAGCCAGCCACCAGGGGAGCCUGCUGGUGAUCAACUUUGACCUGGAGCCAGAGUGUCCUGACACUGAGCUGCGAGCCACUCUGCAGUGGAUAGCUGCGUCUGAACUCGGUAUCCCCACCAUCUACUUUAAGAAAUCUCAAGAAAACAGAAUCGAAAAGUUUCUAGAUGUCGUGCGGCUGGUCCAUCAGAAGUCCUGGAAGGUGGGGGAUAUCUUCCAUGCAGUGGUUCAAUACUGCAAGAUACACGAGGAGCGGAGGGAUGGGACCCCAAGUCUCUUUGACUGGCUCUUGGAACUGGGAUAA